UUAAAAGUGCAUCCUCCUCCUCCGGAUGCGUUUUACUCGCUCUCCGCAGUCCAGAAGUAACUUCAGUGAACUUUGUUCGGGUGAUGGCUCGGUGCAGUGGGCGGUGGGUCCGGGCUCGGCUGUCACACACUCCAGAGCUGGAGCAGCGCAGGGCGGACUCUGCUGCUGCUGCUGCUGCCUUCGGAGGCGGUGGUUUCUCUCUCUCUCUCUUCUCUAUCUCGCGCGCUAUCUCCGCCCUCCAGGGAGAGACUACUACGUUUACCCAGCGCCUUUUAUUCUCCUCCUCCUCCACCUCCUCCUCCGCCUCCUUCACGCACUGCUGUUAAACGGAGAUGAGGUGUGACGGACGGAGCGAUCACUGAAGGACGCGCCCGGCUCCAGAUCCACCUGCCCGGGAUGAAUUUGUGGAUUAUUCUGGGGACGUGGUGGCGCCGCGCAGGCUGAAGCACCGACGCUUUCCGAGAUUAAAUCAACCGAGAUAGACACAAGGAGCCCCCCCCCCCCAAAAAAAACAAAUGUGGCAGGUAUUGUGGAGAUGCUGCUGCUGCACAUCUUCGUCAUUCCGCCUGUAAAAUAACCUCUGGGAUGUUUAUUUUGGAUGCGUUUUUGGUUUUAGUGCGCGCGCCGUGCGGUAGCCUUGCGCAGAGUUGGCUUCAUCCUCGUUUCAACAUCACUCAUCGCUAACGUGCAGAGGGGGGUGGGGGGGCCGUGGGUGCAGCCACUCACAAUGCGUGCGCUUUGUUUUAAAUGUAAGAUAUAAGUGACAGAGGAUGAACUAAUUGGCUCCGUGGAUCAUUAGAGCUCCAGCGCCUGACAGGAGCUCCCAUCAUGGCCAGAUACUGAAGCGAGGCAGGGGCCGUUUGAAGUCACAUGUGCCCAGAACAAACAAGUAAGAUGACAAGAGCCGUCCUCGCAGGAGAGUGUCUUUAUUACCGAGGAAGCUGCGUUGGGAUCACAUCCGAGUUCCUGGAUUGCAACAGAGUUGGAGGGACAGGGAGCGGAGGGAGAGGAGAGGGAGGAGAAGCAGAGGAGAGCUGCUGAGCUGCACCACGGAGAUGAUGGACAAGCUGUGGCUCCAGUGAUGGACUGAGCUGAAGGUGAUUUUAAUAAAACGAAGAAGGGAUCCUUUUGACACUUUCAUUCACACCUGACGUGCAUGGACACACAAGCAGCUUAGGUGAGAGGAGCCGCCCACUUUGAACCCAACAAAUUGGCCCAAUGGUUGAAAUACAGCUCCAGGUGGACGACGCCGGCCUUGAUCUGGAAGCCGUCUCUCAGGUCUGCACAAACUGAUUCUACAAGUAAAACCUGGAACCUCAGCCCCUUUCCCCAAGUGCCCUGGAAACCCCCACGGGAUUCAGUCUGCAACCACAGAUGUAACAAGUUGUCAAGUUUGCGUCACCAGGGAGUCCUGAGAUUUUGGACCAAUCUCGCAGGGCAAGUUUUGCCUCUGUAAGACAGUCAAGCAUGGAAACUCCUCCAAAUGCCACCCCACAGCCCUUCAGACAGCCGAGUUUUCUCAAUCGAAGGUUGAAGGGUUCCAUCAAAAGGGCCAAAAGCCAGCCCAAACUGGACCGGACCAGCAGCUUCCGACAGAUGAUCUUGCCCCGGUUUCGAAGUGCCGACCAGGAGAGGACUCGCUUGAUGCAGAGCUUCAAAGAAUCCCACUCCCAUGAAUCCCUGCUCUCGCCGAGCAGCGCUGCGGAGGCUUUGGACCUAGUUUUGGAUGAAGAGGCCAUAAUCAAACCUGUCCACUCGAGUAUUUUAGGACAAGAGUACUGCUUUGAGGUGACGACCAAUUCAGGGACAAAAUGUUUUGCCUGCCGCUCGGCUUCAGAGAGAGACAAGUGGAUCGAGAACCUCCAACGAGCUGUCAAACCCAACAAGGACAACAGCAGACGGGUGGACAAUGUGCUCAAGUUGUGGAUCAUCGAGGCCCGGGACCUCCCAACUAAGAAACGCUACUACUGCGAGCUGUGUCUGGAUGACAUGCUGUACGCGCGCACCACCAGCAAACCCCGCACGGACACCGUCUUCUGGGGCGAGCAUUUUGAGUUCAACAAUUUGCCUACCAUUCGUAGCCUUCGCUUGCACCUCUACAAGGAAACGGACAAAAAAAGACGCAAGGAAAAAAGCACAUACCUUGGCCUUGUCAGCAUCCCCAUCUCCAGCAUCACGGGCCGGCAGUUCGUGGAGCAGUGGUACCCGGUGAUACAGUCCAGCGUUCUGGCCAAGAGCGGCGGUGUCGGAAGUGGCAAAGUCAUCAAUGCCUCGCUGCGCGUCAAGUCUCGCUACCAGACGAUGAACAUCCUGCCAAUGGAGCUGUACAAGGAAUUCGCCGAGUACAUCACCAACAACUACCGAACACUGUGUGCCGUUCUGGAGCCGCUGCUGAGCGUGAAAAGCAAAGAGGAGGUGGCGUUUGCUCUGGUGCACAUCCUUCAGAGCACCGGGAAGACAAAGGAGUUCCUGUCCGACAUGGCGAUGUGCGAGGUGGAUCGAUUCAUGGACCGCGAGCACUUGAUCUUCCGGGAGAACACGCUGGCCACCAAGGCUGUGGAAGAGUACCUCAAGCUGAUAGGUCACAGAUACCUCAAGGAGGCUAUAGGUGACUUCAUUCGAGCCUUAUACGAGUCGGAGGAGAACUGUGAGGUGGACCCCAUGCGUGUCCCGCCGUCGGUGCUCGCCGACCACCAGGCCAACCUGCGCAUGUGCUGCGAGCUGCUACUCUGCAAGAUCAUCAACUCUCUCUGCAUAUUUCCCCGCGAGCUGAAGGAAGUCUUCGCCUCGUGGAGAGCCAGAUGUGCUGAGCGCGGAAGAGAGGACCUCGCCGACAGCCUCAUCAGCUCCUCGCUGUUCCUCCGCUUCAUGUGCCCGGCCAUCAUGUCCCCCUCCCUGUUCAGCCUGAUGCAGGAGUACCCCGCCGAGCGCACCUCCCGCACGCUCACACUCAUCGCCAAGGUGAUGCAGAACCUGGCCAGCUUCAACAAAUUUGGACCGAAGGAGGAGUACAUGUAUUUCAUGAACGAGUUCCUGGAGAUGGAGUGGGGCUCCAUGCAGCAGUUCCUGUACGAGAUUUCCAACAUGGACACUGGGGGAAACGCCGGAGGGUUCGAGGGCUACAUUGACCUCGGCAGAGAACUGUCCAUGCUCCACAGCUUACUGUGGGAAGUCAUGGGCCAGCUGAGCAAGGACGCCAUUCUCAAACUGGGACCUUUACCACGGUUGCUGAACGACAUCAGUGUCGCCCUGAGGAACCCGCAGCUGCACAUGCCUGCAAAUCACCAGCCCGACCGGCCGAAGGACCGACUGUUCUCACGGCCGUCUUUCAAUCGUCUCAUGUCCUCUGACUUCCAAAGCCUGAUGAUGCGGGACUUAAACAGCUCAAUAGACAUCUCUCGCCUGCCGUCCCCUACGACGGGAGUAUCAGCCGUCGAAUCCCUCUCAUCCAAUCUGAACAUGAGGCGCCACGCAGAACGAGACCUCCGCUCAUCGAGGGAAGUCUUCUACGUGACCCGUCCACCGCUGGCUCGAUCCAGCCCUGCAUACUGCACGAGCAGCUCGGACAUUACUGAGCCCGAUCCGAAGGUCCACAGUGUGAAUAAAAGUGUCUCUAUGAUGGACCUUCAGGACUCCCGCAUGAACAGCAUUUCCAACCUGAACUCGGUGGGAGACAUGCUCACCUCCUCUCAAGCCUCCAUCGCCGGGCUCGGCCACAGCUUUGGGAACCUCGGCGGUCCUCUUCGUAUGGGCGGGCAUAUGCCGGCAGGCUCGUCGGGCUCCGGUUUGAGGCUGAGCCAGAUGGGCCACAUCGGGGGGCCCACAGAAUCCAUCUCUCAACAGCAACAGCAGGCAGCAGCGGCCAUGCACUUCCCACUAUCCUUCCAGAACCCGCUAUUCCAUCUGGCCGCCCAGAACUCUCCAGCUCAGUCUCAGCAACAUCCCCCUCCUCUCCUGCUCGCCCCCGAGCCUGAGAAUGGCCACCAUGAUUACACACCCGCCUUUGGGAACAGUGCUUUCUCCCGCAGUGAGGACUUGUCCGGCCUGCGGUCACAGAGCAGUCUGGUGCAGCCCAGCAUUGUCCACUCGCACAGCUACAGUGAUGAUUUCACCCGACAGAAUCAGAAUAAUGACUACGCCUGGCACCAGCUGUCGCUGCAGGUGCAGGAAUCUCUCCAGCAGCAGCACCUGAUGGGAGUCGCAUCACAAACUACCACUGGGACGGGCACCCCCGCCUCUCUGGCUACGCCUCCCACCACAGUCCAUCCUGUCCGCCAGUCAUCCAUCGCCCCGCAACACCUCAAGUCCCAGCGGUCCAUUAACACUCCGGCCACCGCCACGCCUCCGAAGGUUCGCCCGCAGAGCAGGAACCUCCUCCUCAACUCCUCUGAAGCAAACUUCAGCGGCAGUCAGCCGAAACAACGGCAAUCGCAGCAGCAGCAGCAGCAGCAGCAGCAGCAGCAGCUGCAGCAGCAGCAGCUGCAGCAGCAGUUGCAGCAGCAGCUGCAGCAUCAGCAGCAGCAGCAUCAUCAUCAGCAGCAGCAGCAGCAGCAGCAGCAGCAGCAGCAGCAGCAACACACUCAGCAGCAACAACAGGACACACAGCUGUCGGUGACUGACAGUCCAGCUCCCGGGCUUCCGUACCAGACGAGCGCUGCCAAAGAGAACCAGGGCCCGUCAGCAGCUGCAGAGGAGUCAACUGACACUCCCACGAAAAGCACCAAGAAGCCUCAACAGCUGCAGCCUCCACAGCAGCAUCUGCUCAAACCAGUCAAUAAACAGGGUUCUCAGUCGAACUUGAACGAGCGGACUGUGGCCUGGGUGUCCAACAUGCCACAUCUGUCUGCUGACAUCGAGAGCCUGCGGCCGGACCGAGAGGGUCAGCUGAAGGAGUACUCCAAGAGCAUGGAUGAGUCACGGUUAGAGAGGGUCAGAGAGUACGAAGAAGAGAUCCACUCCCUGAAAGAACGGCUGAAGAUGUCCCAUCGCAAGCUCGAGGAGUACGAGCAGCGGCUCGUGUCGCAGGAGCAGACGACCAGCAAGAUCCUGAUGCAGUAUCAGAACCGGCUGGACGACAGUGAGCGCCGCCUCCAGCAGCAGCAAGUGGAGAAGGACUCUCAAAUCAAAGGCAUCAUCAACAGACUCAUGGCUGUGGAAGAUGAGCUGAGAGGGGGUGCCAUUCCUGAUAUUAAGCCUCGAAUCCUCACAGACCAGUCUAUCAGCCACGGCUAUGGUGGACAUCCAGGAUCCUGACUGCCAAUUCCAGAGUGACCAGAGUUCUUGAUGGUCAUUUGAGCGAGAGAAGACUCAGAUUCAAAUCCUCGACAAAGAAAUAGAAAACAAACACGAAGAAGAAGAAGCUCUGCAGUGGAUCCAGCAGGACGACUGGAGGCUUCAUCUCCCGAGGUUCUUAAAAACAAAACGAAACAAAAAACUUUGCACAUAUUCAAACUUUGCCUGUACCAGAACUUGACAAUCAGUUUAGCGUGAGGACCGACGUGUGCGGUGAAUCUUCCGCACACGUUGACUGAAAUAUAAGCCAACGCCACAAUUACGGCAAUACUGAACCUAUUGAAUUUAUUGAUUUGAUCGGGAGAGGUGAGACUAGAUAUGGCGAGGAUGAAAAUGGAGUUAUGAUUUUUUGUUCCCUGUUACAAGUGCCACACUCGCUUUUCAUCUCAGUGGCUGCAGACAAAAUGUAGAAAAGGCUUUAACAAGCACAAAAUCUCCUCCUGGUGACGAGGAACCAGCCUGUUGUUAAAUCAGAGCCUGAGCAGAGAGCUGCUGUACAUUAUUACUAUUUGACUCUGAUAAAAAUCUUUCGUAACAUAUUCUCACUGCAAAGGCGUUUGCACUUAGAGAGGUGGUUAUCAUUAAUGAUUUUUGCAUUAUUUAUAUUGCAGCUAUCCUACGUGAAAAGACACCAAACAACUCCUACAAUCAACGUAUGUUAUAACUGCUUAAAAUACAAUCUAAAUCCCCUUGUUUUCCUGUGGUGGACAGUAAUUAAACUACAAUCUAUUAAAUUUCUGUUUAAAAGUAUUUCUUAGAGCUACACAUUUUUUAAUAAUGAAAAGUCAUAUUUUACAAACAAAAUUUGGAAGUCAAAAAUGCUUUGUUCACUUUGUAAUAAUAAUAAUAGUGAUGAUAACAAUAAUAAUCAAUAUAUAUAACAUUUCAAACAGUGGAACUCGACAGUGAAUGUCAUCACUUUUUCGAGGGAACAAAGAAGCUACGACAUUAACAUCCUGUCACAGCUGCAGCUGAAUAUCUUUGGGUUUCACUUUGGGGUCUCGGAAUUGGUGUUUGCAGUUUUCUGAUAUUUAAUUGGUUAGACAUGCAAAUGAGUAAAUUACUUGAGAGAUAAAAAUGGACGGAGUUGGUUUGUUUCUGGUUGAAUCUGAGAGACGGUGUUGAUCAGGGUUAGGGUCACUUUCUGGGACCAUCCUAAACUAAACCCCAACCCUCAAACAACUCGCCUUUAGCUUUCUAAACCAUGUAGUCGUUGGUCUGCAUGUGGAAAUCCCACAGUCAGUCUGAAAGAACCCUUACAAAGUCUCUAAAGUAAUAAGUAGACCUGGUCAAAGUUAUGAAAUCCCGGCCUUUAACCUCUCAGCUGUCCACGUCCGCUUUUUUAUCAUGUUUAUGUCGAUUUGUUUCACAGCACUUUGCACCAUUGCUUUGAAAAGUGCGAUAUAAAUACAUUUAAAUAUCUAUGAUUGUAAACACAACGUGACACUGGAAACAAAUGAUAUUAUAGGGAAGUAUAGAAUUACUCAUAUGUUGUGUUCGUUUCUGAAGCAUCGAUGUGCAACACUUCUGCAUGAGCUUUGUUUUGUUUGUUUUUUACAUGAGGACGAGUAAGUCAGUUUGCAGUCAGAUAUUCUAAUGUACAAAAAAAAACUGGGCUUUCUUCUCGGAAGGCAUCUUUUUUUCUUCUUUUUAUUCCAACCUGCUGACUCUUCUGUUAUUUUUUCCAAAGAGGGCAGCAUUCAGUCUUUUGCAUUAUACAACAAGAAAGUUCUGGGAGGAUCAGACGAACAAAAAGACGGGAGACGGCGAAAAACAACAGAACAAUAAAGAGUUUCCACGCAGGGAUGUGUAGUAUAUGUGCAUAGGAUUCGCCCGCCUUACAGUCCGUGUCCCAGGGCCCAAAAUAACAAUGCAGACACAAAGCAACUUGUACACUUUGUAUAUUAAAUGUCCUUUUUUUGUAGUCAGGUGAUGAAUUAAUAAGCAGUGUGUUGGUUUACUCCGUAUGUUAGUCAGAAUCAUUUAUAUUACAGAUUUCAUGGUUGAUAUCAUUUAUCUUAACCUCUUGCCUUUAAAAAGACGUUUUCUUUCAAGAUAAAUAAAAAUGACACAAGAUUAUAUGUUUAUGUUACCAGAAAUGUAUAAAAUAGCUUAAUGUAUAUUUAUUCUUAUAUGUAAAAUGUAUUCAAAUCAAGGGUAGGCCUUCAGGCAUGUUGGACGUGUGGUAAACACCGACUCUUAUAUAUUAUAACUCUUAAUGCUGCAAUCCAGAAACUACGGUGCCCUGAUGGGACUGCGUUCAGGGGACGAGGGUCGGAUGAAUUCCCAGCACUUCUGUUUCACAUGAACUAACGGGGACACAUUCUUAAAAACACAUUUGCCAAUGUGUUGAGAACCAAAACAGCUGUGGUGCUUUCUACAAUACUGGAUUGCAGUUUUAAGUCAUCUUCUUUUCAAAUACGUGUUUAUUUCUUUAUCCUGCAUUGCAAUACAGUAUUUUGAAAUGUUAUAAUGCACUUCUGUUUUCAUUUUACAAGAAGCUGCGAUCCAUAAACUGAGGAAAAUGAUUUUAAAGACAUAAAAAACAUGUUAUAUAUAUAUAUAUAUAUAUACAUGUAUAUAUAUAUAUGUUAGACCCAUAUAUUAUUGAAACUUCUCUGUAUUAGCUGCAGUGGUACAGUGUGCUACCUCUGAACUCUUCAUACCACAACCUGAGAGGAUACUUUAUUCCAUUUGCCCCCUUCCCCCCCCAAAAAAGCGUAUUUAUUUAUGAGACAAUUCUGAGAAAAAGUGUUAAUUUUGUUCAUAACUAGAUACAAAAGUUUUAAGUUUAAUUUUGGUUGCCUGUUGUUAAGAGUUUCUAUAUAAAACCUUUGCCAUCACAGGGCCAUUUCUAAAGUUCUGUCCUGUUUACUACUGCAUUUAAGUGCCGUUACCGUAACAUUCACAUGAAUCUCCUUUUUAUUAAUGGGAUGGGAUUGAUCGUGUUCCAGGAAAUUGUCAGACUCUCAGGUGUUAGGAGGGACACAGAGACAUCUUUUCAUACCCUUGAUGCCAAAUGCACAAAUUAUUGAGACACAAUCUUUGGCGAAGAAGCUAAACACAUAUGAAAUGAGGGUUUUGUGCUAUAAAGGUAACUACUCUGCUUUUCUUUUGGUUGGUUCCUGACCCUUAUCUCAUCAUUUGUUGCAUUUAAAAGGAACCAAGAGUUUUGUCUGUUGCUCCAAAUGAAAAAAUGUGAUAAAUGCUCCACUGUAAUAAAACUUGGUGGGAAUUAUUAUUGAAGUUACGAUGGAGGAAGUGCUUAAUGUUUACAGAGUCGUGACAUUUUACAGGAUGUAUGAACCUUUGUUGACCCAAGGGAACAGAAGAACUGCCGCUUUGCUGGAGCUGAAGCAGGACCUAAUAAAUGAUAUGAGAUUUCUUGUAUAUUUUAAGAAAAAGAGGUAAUUAACAACAAUCAACAUAUUUAUGUUUAUAAAAUGGAUGUAUAGCAUUUUGGAAUCUAACAAAGUAUUUUUCUUGGCAGCUAUUAUUCUGCACAAUUGAUCUACUAUGUUACAAAUAUAUAGUUGGUGGGGUUUCUGACUUGAAUUCGGCCUACUGGAUGUAAUACCUUCAUUUACUUGACAUUUCUUUUGAAAUAAGCCAUGCCCCAUGGAUAAGCCAUACCCUCCAGACCCCUGAUGUUAUAUGGUGGAUGUUUAAUGUUGGUAGUUUUAUUUACAAUGGUAGUUAUUGUAGGUAUGAUUGCGCUUGUAAUGAUUAUUAUUAGUGUAACUAUACUUGAUUGAUAUGAUUUGUUUUGUUUGAACAAAGGGAAUGUAUUCAUUUUUCAGGUGAUUUCUGAGUGAUUUCAAUAAAUUAAUAAACCCCUAAA